AUGUUCGUUUUACUUUUUGGUUUCCUGGCUUUGGGACCGCAGGUUGUGCUGUCGAAUCUCUUCCGACUCGGACUCGCCCAGGUUACACAAUGCGAACAAUUCACCAUUAACUUCAAGGGUGAAGUUAACACGACGUCGCCCCCAUCGUCUCUUACCGUCGUCCCUUUCGAUUCUGUUCCAAUCUCCAUUCCUGUACCAUCUAAUGCUCUCAACUUCACGGGUCUUGACAUCAACUUCCUUCCUCUGAAGGAAAACACUACUUUUAUUGUCUCCCUCGACAACGCGGAGAAUCAGAGUCUUUCACUGGUUUCCGAUUUCAUUCGAAUUUCCCCUCCCAAAAUGCUUCCUGUCUCCCAUCAGCCCCCGCCAAUUCCACUCCGUCACCCUACGAUAUAG